AUGAUGCGGCAAUUUUUCCCCCGCGCCGCUGGCGCCCUUAGAGCUGUACCCAAGUGCUCUCCCAGGUUAGCCGCCACUUGGCAAUCGGCAAGACUCUACAGCGUCAAGCCUGAGGCUGCCUCCGUGGCCAAGCCCCUCGGUCUCGACGCCUCAAAACUCACAAUCGAGAAGACCAAGAACCCAGGAACUUUGGGCAACCCGGCAGAGCUCGUCUUCGGCCGCAAGUUCACCGACCACAUGCUUACCAUCGAAUGGAACCAAGAACAGGGCUGGCUCGAUCCCAAGAUUGUCCCCUACCAGAACCUCUCCCUCGAUCCUGCAACCUGCGUAUUCCACUACGCCUUUGAGUGCUUCGAGGGCAUGAAGGCCUACAAGGACAAGGACGGCAAGGUCAGGCUCUUCCGCCCGGACAAGAACAUGGCUCGCCUCAACAAGUCGGCCGCCCGCAUCGCCCUGCCCACCUUUGAGCCCACCUCUCUGAUCGACCUCAUCUCCAAAUUUGUCCAGCUCGAUAAGCACUACAUCCCCGACGAGCGCGGCUACUCCCUCUACCUCCGCCCUACCAUGAUCGGCACCCAAAAGACCCUCGGCGUCGGCCCCCCCGGCUCCGCCCUGCUUUACGUCAUUGCCUCACCCGUCGGUCCCUACUACCCGACCGGCUUCAAGGCCGUCUCCCUCGAGGCCACUGACUACGCCGUUCGCGCCUGGCCCGGCGGCGUCGGUGACAAGAAGCUCGGCGCAAACUACGCGCCGUGCAUCGUGCCCCAGCUUGAGGCCGCCAGCCGCGGUCACCAGCAGAACCUGUGGCUCUUUGGUGAAGAGGAGUACGUCACCGAGGUCGGCACCAUGAACAUGUUUGCCGCCAUCAAGAACAAGGAGACGGGCCAGAAGGAGCUCGUCACCGCGCCCCUCGACGGCACCAUUCUUGAGGGUGUCACCCGCGACUCUGUCUUGUCCCUGGCCCGCGAGAGGCUGGUGCCUGAGGGAUGGAUGGUCUCGGAGCGCAAGUACACCAUGAAGGAGCUCGACGAGGCCGCUUCCGAGGGCCGUCUCAUUGAGGCCUUUGGCGCUGGCACUGCUGCCAUUGUCAGCCCCAUCCGUACGAUUGCUUGGAAGGGCAAGUCUAUCAACUGCGGCCUUUCCGAGUCUGAGGAGUCUGGUGAAAUUGCCCUGAGAAUGAAGGGCUGGAUGGAGGCGAGACAGUAUGGUGACGAGGAGCACGAGUGGAGCUACGUUGCUGCGUAA